UCUGUAUUCCCAGGACUGUCCAGAGGAGAAGGUCCCAGAGAACCCUCAGAUGACAAAUCAGGGGGAAGAUCUGACUGAUAUUAAAGUGGAGGAUAAAGAAGAGAGGAUGAUGGACGAUCCACCACGUCGGAGUGAGGUGGAGGAGGACAUUCCAGGAGAUGUCACCACAGAAAAUCCCAGCAAGAAUUCUGAGGAAACAUUUUUAUCACUAAAGGAUGAAGAUAUCCUGCAGCGGUCUUCAGGAGAAAACAUCAUUACCAUUAAUGUACAUCCAGGACUUCACAAUAUAGAUAUAUCCUAUAAUCCUCCUAAUCAUGAGGGACCUUCUCCUGACCAAUCACAGAUUGUUACCACAAGUACAAGUCAGAAAGGGGGUGAAAGGUUUCACUUUGGUAUAGAGUCCACAAAAAGCUCAGGUCUUUUUACAUACAGAGGAAUUCCCACAUUAGAGAAGCCACAUUCAUGUUCAGAAUGUGGGAAAUGUUUUAAAUAUAAAUCACAUCUUGUUAUACAUGAAAGAUGUCACACAGGAGAGAUGCCAUAUUCAUGUUCAGAAUGUGGGAAAUAUUUUACAUAUAAAUCAAAGCUUGUUACACAUUUAAGAAGUCACACAGGAGAGAAGCCAUAUUCAUGUUCAGAAUGUGGGGAAUAUUUUACAUAUAAAUCAAAGCUUGUUACACAUUUAAGAAGUCACACAGGAGAGAAGCCAUAUUCAUGUUCAGAAUGUGGUAAAUGUUUUACACAAAAAUCAUAUCUUCUUACACAUGAGAGAUGUCACACAGGAAAUAAACCAUGUUCAUGUUCAGAAUGUGGGAAAUGUUUUACAGACAAAUCAACUCUUGUUAAACAUCAGAGAAGUCACACAGGAGUGAAACCAUAUUCAUGUUCAGAAUGUGGGAAAUGUUUUGCAGAAAAAUCACAUCUUUCUACACAUAAGAGAAAUCACACAGGAGAGAAACCAUAUUCAUGUUCAGAAUGUAGAAAAUGUUUUACACAAAAAUCACAUCUUCUUAGACAUGAGAGAUGUCACACAGGAAAGAAACCACAUUCAUGUUCAGAAUGUGGGAAAUAUUUUACAGAAAAAUCAUCGCUCUUUAGACAUUUAAGAAGUCACACAGGAGAGAAACCAUAUUCAUGUUCAGAAUGUGGGAAAUGUUUUACACAAAAAUCACAUCUUCUUAGACAUGAGAGAUGUCACACAGGAAAGAAGCCAUAUUCAUGUUCAGAAUGUGGGAAAUAUUUUACACAAAAAUCAUCGCUCUUCACACAUUUAAGAAGUCACACAGGAGAGAAACCAUAUUCAUGUUCAGAAUGUGGGAAAUGUUUUACAUGGAAAUCAUAUCUUGUUAACCAUAAGAGAAUUCACACAGGAGAGAAGCCUUAUUCAUGUUCAGAAUGUGGGAAAUGUUUUACAUGGAAAUCAGAUCUUGUUACACAUAAGAGAAAUCACAGGGAGAAACCAUAUACAUGUUCAGAAUGUGGGAAAUAUUUCACACAGAAAUCACAGCUUGUUACACAUUCAAGAAGUCACACAGGGGAGAAGGCAUAUUCAUGUUCAGAAUGUGGGAAUUGUUUUACACAAAAAUCAGAUCUUGUUAGACAUGAAAGAUACCACACAGGGGAGAAACCAUAUUCAUGUUCAGAAUGUGGGAAAUGUUUUACACAAAAAUCAGGUCUUGUUAAACAUAAAAGAUGCCACACAGGGGAGAAACCAUAUUCAUGUUCAGAAUGUGGGAAAUGUUUUACACAAAAAUCACAUCUUCUUACACAUAACAGAUGUCACACUGGAAAGUAGCCAUAUUCAUGUUCAGAAUGUGGGAAAUAUUUUACACACAUAACAGCUUGUGACAC